UGUUGUUUGAUUCAAUUAACUUUGACUCUGUUAUCUUAAUUUUUUUCAAAUCUGAUGCGUCGGGUGUGCCAGCCACAACUUUUAGCACUGUCCCUAAAAAAUCUAAGCUUCUGGCAAUCCUGUGGUGUACUUUCCAUACGUCAAAAGGUUUCUCAGAUGGUCUGUAUCAACAUCUAAUAACUUCCUCAUAUGAGACUGAGGAUACAACUCGGAAAACUCUUCACGUUGUUCCCAUACCAGUACGUCCCCGUCUACAACAGGAAUGUACUUGGAAUGCGAAUAAUUGGUGAUCCGAGCAUUUACCGUCGCCAGCAAGAUUAAGACUGGCUUAACGAUCCUGUGAGGGGAAAGAAAUUUUAAAUCUAUGAAUUCCUUAAUUUUAUCACUAAUCUAUUAAAUUCUCCCCUUGGCUUGGGAUGCACCAUGGAUGGACUUAAGACAAAAAUGAGGACUUCAAUUGGUUCCGAAACUUGCACUUUUAUUAUUAGUCGGAUCAAAAUAAGACUGUCACAUUAUGAGACCAGAACCGUUCCACGCUUGGCCACAAUGUUGGACCCAAGGUUCAAAAAAGAAGCUUUUGGAAAUGCUGUCAAUGCUCAAGAAGCCUCGACAAUUUUAGAAACGGAAGUGAAGAGCAUAAUAAAUGUUGAGGAAAAUGACCCAGUAACUGAUUUACAGCCAACGCACCCUGACAAUGUUCUUACAUUUUUGGCCGAUAGAAUUCAGCGGAAACAACGAACUUUUAUGUCGGAUGCAAUAAGUGCCAUGAGGCAAUACAUUGAGGAGAGAAAUGCUGAUCAUAAUAUUGACCCCUUGGAGUACUGGAAGAUUAAUGCGAAACAUUUUAGUCACGUGGCACAGUGCGCUCGCGAGUACCUUUGUGUUCCGGCAAGCUCCACCGAGUCGGAGAGAACUCAGUAAAGCUGGGGAAAUUAUUGGCAAACAAAAAAUGUGGACGUCUUACUGUUCUUAAAUAAAAACACCUGUCUCCUAGAUGGGUAGCUUUAAUAUUAUAUUUGUUGAAGAUUUUCUUUUUAAGUUGCUUAAAUACUUUUAAGUUUGAAUACUGUUUUUAUUUCUUUUUUAUCUUAUAUUACAUUCCAUUACAUAUUUACCUAUUACUGCUAUGAAAAUUAUGA